AACAAGAACUCAGUGCGCAGCUGCUCACUCAACAUGGUUUGAUGCUUGUGUAGUGGAUACAUCAGCAUCCGGCGAAAAACUCUGGUAGAGGACCAGGAAUACUUUUCUAUUCAGCUGUAAGUGCUCGCCGUGCGUUUUGCCUUCAGACCGGGUGGUUACUCAUUUUCUCAGAGCCUACCGGGUGUGAUCAUCGCGUUGCUGUUGGAAACACAAGGAAACACAAGAGAACUCAUCCCCAAGAAUUUACUAUUUACCUGUUUCUGUGAGGACUUCAAGAGUCAGAACGCAUGAAUAGAUGCAGAGCAUGGUCCUUUGUCAUCCUACAGAGGAGUGACAGUGUCCCUGCCAGGCCCGCAGGGAGAGGACCAUGGCCCUGAGCGAUGCGAGCGGCGACCCCCUGGCCCUCGGUAACGGAGGGCACCAUCCUCUCAGUUCCAGUGGAAACGCCCCUGCAAACACCGCUACAUCAGUCAGCAAUGGCCAGGACCCUCUCACAGCUGCCUGCAGUAGUGACUGCCUCACAGCGGAUGGGGAUGAAGAUGUUACAGUUAAGGAUGCAGUGCUGAAGGUGCAGCAGAAGCAGCAGAGAUCGCUCAUCGUCCAGAGAGCAAACAGGCCGAGCCAAAACGGCGGCGUGGUCAAACAGAACGGCUCCCUGAGGAACCUCCCCCCAUCCUCCGCUGCCUCUCCCUCCCUCGCUAUCACAGACUCCCAGAGGCUGGCCAAACGCCACCUUCCCUCCACCCUUUCCCCGUCUUCCUCCUCCUCCUCCUCCUCUACUCCUCUCCAGCCCCCCCCACUUUGCUGCCAGCACUGUCACUUCCACUCUGCCCUCUGCUGCCCCUGUGGACAGCAGGAGUGCCCGCUCUUUCAGAAUCCAGGCACCGGCCCAGGAGGACCUGGCUCGGUUCCCCACCCGGGGGCCACCUCGUCCUGCCCCUGCUGCCUCUCUGCCUGCACGUACUCUCACCCACAUCCCCAUCCUCCUCACCCAUCCUCCCCUCUCUGUCUUCAUCACCACCAUCACCAGCGCUGGCAGGAGCACCUCCAGAGUCAUGCACAUGCUACUGGAAUCAGCCCUGCAAGGCCCUUUCGAUUCCCCAAAAGCUAUGCUGAGCUGAUAGCUGAUUGGCCAGUGGUGGUGCUGGGGGUGUGCACAGUGCUCAUUGUGGUGUGUGCUCUGGUGGGCGUCCUGGUGCCUGACCUCCCUGAUUUCUCUGACCCGCUGCUGGGUUUUGAGCCACGUGGAACAGCCAUUGGUCAGCGACUGGUCACAUGGAACAACAUGGUGAAGAACACAGGCUACAAAGCCACACUGGCCAACUACCCCUUCAAAUAUGCUGACGAGCAGGCCAAAAAUCACCAAGAGCCCAGGUGGCCUGAAGACCACUUUGACAGAGAGAAACGUCAAGCAGAGUGGGACUUCAGUAAAGAGUUCUUCUGUGAUGUGCCAGGUGACAGUUACUCUAGACUGGUGUUCGCAUCUGCUGAGGGGAAGAACCUGUGGAGUAUUCAGGCCAUCAAAUCAAUGUGCAAUCUGGACAACACAAGGGUGCGUUCCCACCGUGACUACUGGAGCCUUUGUCAGCGCACCAAUGACGCCUCCUGUUGUCCCAGCUGGACACUCGGCAACUACAUCGCCGUCCUCACCAACAGGUCGUCCUGCCAGAAGAUCACUGAGCGUGACGUAUCGCACACACUCAAGACCCUGCGCUCCUGUGCCAAGUACUACCACAACGGCACACUGGGCCCCGACUGCUGGGACAUGGCCCUGCGACGGAAGGACCAGCUCAAGUGCGCCAGCGUGCCCCGGAAGUGCACCAAGUAUAACGCCGUCUACCAAAUCCUUCACUUCCUGGUGGACAAGGACUUCCUCAGUCCCAAGAGCCUGGAGCAUCCUCCGCCUGUGCUCAAGUACAGCAUGCUCUUCUCCCCCACAGAGAAAGGAGAGUCUAUGAUGAACAUUUACUUGGACAAUUUUGAGAACUGGAACUCGUCGGACGGCAUCACCACGGUUACAGGGAUUGAGUUUGGCAUUAAACACGACCUCUUUCAGGACUACCUCCUCACAGACACAGUCUACCCAGCCAUAGCCAUAGUGAUCGUUCUGCUGGUCAUGUGUGUGUACACGCGCUCAGUUUUCAUCACGCUAAUGACGAUAAUAGCCAUCAUCAGCUCACUGAUUGUGUCUUACUUUCUCUACCGAAUGGUCUUCAACUUUGAGUUCUUCCCCUUCAUGAACCUUACGGCUCUUAUCAUCCUGGUUGGUAUCGGCGCAGAUGACGCCUUUGUGCUUUGCGACGUGUGGAACUACACCAAGUUUGAUAAACCCCAUGCUGAGCUGGCAGAGACAGUCAGUGUGACCCUGCAACAUGCUGCCCUAUCUAUGUUUGUCACCAGCUUCACCACUGCUGCAGCUUUUUAUGCCAACUACGUCAGCAACAUCACCGCCAUACGCUGCUUUGGCGUCUAUGCUGGGACUGCUAUUUUGGUUAAUUACAUUCUCAUGGUGACGUGGCUCCCAGCUGUGGUGGUGCUCCAUGAACGCUAUCUGCCUAACAUGUUCACCUGUUCCAAGCCUCCACACCAGCAGAGAGGUUACUGCACCCGGAUGUUCUGGGCAGGUCUUUGCCAGAAGGCCAGUAAAUGCCUAUUUACUGUCUCUGAGGCAUCCAGGAUCUUCUUUGAAAAGGUGCUACCCUGCAUUGUCAUCAAGCUGCGCUACCUCUGGCUCUUCUGGUUCCUCGCCAUCACAGUGGGUGGGGCCUACGUGGUCUGCGUCAACCCAAAGAUGAAGCUUCCAUCUCUGGAGCUGGCCGAGUUUCAGGUGUUCCGAUCCUCUCACCCGUUUGAACGCUAUGACGCAGAGUACAAGAAGCUGUUCAUGUUCGAGAGGGUUCAUCACGGCGAGGACCUUCACAUGCCAAUAACUAUCAUCUGGGGAGUAACCCCUGUGGAUAAUGGGGACCCCCUGAACCCCAAAAACAAGGGAAAGCUAAUGCUGGAUAACAGCUUCAACAUUUCCAGUCCAGCAUCUCAGCUGUGGAUCCUCAACUUCUGCCAGAAGCUGAGGAACCAGAGUUUUGUCUUUCAGUCAGAGGAGCAGGACUUCACCAGCUGCUUCAUUGAGACAUUCAAACAGUGGAUGGAGAACCAGGACUGUGCAGAGGGCUCUGUCUACCCCUGCUGCAGUCAGUCCACCUUCCCCUACAGGCCUGAUGUCUUUGAGCUGUGCAUCAAGAGAGCCAUCAUGGAGCUGGAUCGGAGCACCAACUACCAUCUGGACAGCAAGACCCCCGGGCCUCGAUUCGAUAUCAAUGACACCAUCAGAGCCAUAGUUUUAGAGUUCCAGAGUACCUAUCUCUUCACACUGGCCUAUGAGAAGAUGUACCAGUUCUACCUCGAGGUGGAUGCCUGGAUCACAGAGGAGCUGCGCUUUGCCCCUGCAGGCCUAAGUCACGGCUGGUUUGUCAGCAACCUGGAGUUUUACGACCUGCAGGACAGUCUUUCAGACGGCACUCUGGUUGCCAUGGCGCUGUCAGUGGCUGUGGCUUUCAGCGUCAUGCUCCUGACCACCUGGAACGUCAUCAUCAGUCUGUACGCCAUCCUGUCCAUCGCUGGGACCAUAUUCGUCACAGUUGGCUCCCUGGUGCUUCUGGGCUGGGAGCUGAAUGUGUUGGAGUCUGUGACUAUUUCCGUGGCAGUGGGGCUGUCAGUGGACUUUGCGGUCCACUACGGCGUAGCCUAUCGGCUCGCUCCAGAGCCCGACCGUGAGGGUAAGGUGAUUUUCUCCCUCAGCCGCAUGGGCUCUGCUAUCGCCAUGGCUGCGCUGACCACCUUUGUUGCCGGGGCUAUGAUGAUGCCCUCAACCGUAUUAGCCUACACACAGCUGGGCACGUUCAUGAUGCUGAUCAUGUGCAUCAGUUGGGCCUUUGCCACCUUCUUCUUCCAGUGCAUGUGCCGCUGUCUAGGACCCCAGGGCACCUGUGGCCAGAUUCCCCUGCCCAAAAAGCUGCAGUGUCAGGCUUUCUCUGAGGCCACGUCCACAAGCCCCUCAUCUCAAGGGAAAGGCUCAGGUCAGGCCAAGUACCAGCUGGACAGCAGGGGUGGGCAGGUGGAGCAUUAUGAGUUAGAGCCACUGGCAUCCAGUCAGAAAACUGAGGAAAAACCUCGAGAGGAGCAUGAGGUUUGUACUCAGCUUUAUAAUGGAAUCCCCCCUCACCACCACACUGCCCCGUAUUCACACAUCCAUUAUAAGAGCAAACCUGAGAGUGGGAGAGCUGGUCCUGAGAACGGGCUCGUAGCCACUCUGAGCACACCGUCCAGGUGCCAGUACUCACAAAACACUAACUGCACCUGUGGGGACCCCCCUCCUCCUCAUCUGCCUCAGCAGUGGACACCCCACUCUUGCGCUCAGCCUCCCCAGGACUCUACUUCCUGUCCUCCUACCCCCCAGCUCUUUCCUCACUCAGGAAACACACCGAACAAACAAAAUACUUCCUUCUUACCUUCAAACCUGGACCCAGUCUAUACACACAUGGAGUGCCGUAUGCACUACAUCCACUGUCCCCCUGCCCAUUUCCACCACUGUUCCCAAGGAAGAGUAGCCCCCAGGCAAGGACCUGCACACAGCUGCCAUCUCAGGAAGUACUGCGUCCAUACUUCAAACCUGCAGGCUGGCUCAGGCAGAGAACAGAGACCCACAACCCCAGCUUCAAACUGGGACACAGGCCCAGCUUCAGGUCCAGUCUCUGGCUCAGAGCCUGUGGGACAAGAGGAAGAUCACAGACCUGAAAUGAGUCAGGCAAGUCCUGGCAGUAGCCACAAUAUUAGCAACGCUGCCCCAACACAACCUCACACUCAGUGCCCCUCCCCCUUACUGAGCUCAUCACACACAACCUGUCACGAAAGACAGAAGGCGAGGGACAGAGUCCAUUGUUGCGGUGAUAACCAUGUAUCCACCACAACCACACAAACAACAACGCAAAUGGAUGCUUGUUGUAAAAUCCCUGGCAACCAGGAGAAGCUCGAAAGUAUUCCCGUCACACGGGAGCAAAGUGUCAAAAAGUGCAAGCGGACCUCCAAAAGCGAGCGGGCGUCCUCUGCCUCUCCAAAGAAGCUCUACUGUUUUAACAGGACAUUGAAAGUGAAGUGCAAUUCAGCUUCAGACUUUAAUGUGCCAAAAAGUGAUACCAGUGUGCCUCCUAUUGCAAUAAAUACUAAUCCCUCUUCUGAAAGCUUAUGUUGAUAAAUUGAUAUUUUAAUAAAACUCAAUCCAGAAUAAAUAGCAAAUGUCCAAAAAAAAGAAAAAGAAAAAAGGAAUGACUCAUUCAGUGUUUCCGUCCAGUUAAACAGUAUUUGGGAUGUGUUUGCUGACCAAGUGCCUCAGUGUGUUUCAUAAAACAGCACGGACCCACUAAAUAUAUUCUGUUUACAUUUUUCUUUUUGUACUCACCAGUUCUUCACAUGCCAGAUUAUGUGUUUGGUUUUACAGUGAAACACACACUAUUCAUAAAGCUUUGUCAUUAUGGGAAAUUAUUUGUCUUUCCACAAAGACACCUCUAUGAAAUCUUGCAACCUAAAGUGUUAAAUGUACAGCAGCCAUUUGCACUGACAGGAAAAUCGUACAGUAAAUGUUGUGAUAUUGUGUGUAAUUAUAAAUAUAUGUUGUUGAAUAUGAUCACAUCAACUUUAACAGAAAUGCCACAUUUUACAAGUUGAUAAGAAGUUGUUGCCUGACACUUUUUUUUUUAUUUGUGGGAGCUAGUGUUGAAUUCUCAGUGUGCUCUUGUGUUCAAGUCGCCACAUGCCUCAGAUAAAAGAUGUACUGUAUGAUUAAAAUGUCUUUUUUUUAUCA